ACUACAACUGCUGCACCAACAACUACAACUGCUGCACCAACAACAACAACUGUGGCACCUACAACCACAACUGCUGCACCAACAACCACAACUGUAGCACCAACAACCACAACUGAAGCACCAACGACAACUGCUGCACCAACAACCACAACUGAUGCACCAACAACGACAACUGUAGCACCAACAACUACGACUGCGGCACCAACAACGACAACUGCUGCACCAACAACUACAACUGCUCUGCCAACGACAACAACUGCUGCAACAACAACUACAACUGCGGCACCAACAACGACAACUGCUGCACCAACAACUACAACUGCUGCACCAACAACUACAAAUGCUGCACCAACAACAACGACUGCGGCACCAACAACUACAACUGCUGCAGCAACUACAACUGUAGCACCAACAACAACAACUGCGGCACCAACAACGACAACUGCUGCACCAACAACUACAACUGCUGCACCAACAACUACAACUGCUGCACCAACAACAACAACUGAUGCACCAACAACGACAACUGUAGCACCA